AUGCGCGCUGCCUGGCAUCAGCCUAGCGCGGCCGCGACACAAAAGGCCCAAACAAACGAGGAAAACCCCGCGGCCGCCGGCUGCGACCCCGACGGCGGCGCGCCCGGCGCUGGGGAGGCGGCGGCACCUCCCGGCGCGGCGAGCGGAGGAGGAGGAGGAGGAGGAGGAGGAGGAGGAGGAGGAGGAGGAGGAGAAGGAGGAGGAGGGAGGGCCCGCAGGCGCCUCUCCCGGCCGCGGGACCAGCGGAAGCAGCCGCGACUCCCCCGCCGCCGCCGCUCCCCUCAGGCCCGCGGCGCCCGGGCGGCCGGCAGCGGCCCGCGGCCCCCGGCAGCGUCGCGCCUCGCCAUGGCCGACCCCGACCCCCGCCCGCCUGUCCCCGGGGCUGGACCGACCGCCGGCUCCGCGCUAGGGGCGGCCGGCGCGGGGGGCGAGGUCAGCGGGGAGGCCGCCGGCCGCACCGCCCGCCUGCCCGGCCCGCCCGCCGCCCUCCCUCCGCCCCGCCGCGCCGCGAGCAGCUGCUGCUGGAGCGCCGGGCGCCGCGCCGCCGCCCGGGCUCAUGCUAGUCCCGGCGCGGCCUGCGGGUCCCGCCGGGCUCCGCGCUCCCCCGUGCGGCGCCGGCCGGGGCUCAGGCCGGCUCGCAGGCACCCGCGUACAAAGCCCCGUGCACCGCGGGGGGCGCGGCCCCCUCCUGCCCGCGCCCGCUCCGCCUCCUUUCCGUCCGUCCGUCCUCCCGUCCUUCCUUCCUUCCUUCCUUCCUCCCUCCCUUCCUUCCCGGCGGUGGCUCUGGCGGCGGAGCGCCGGGGGAGGCGGGCGCCGAGCGCGGUGCACAGCGCCGGGCACCCCGCAGCGCCGGGCUCCGGGCGCCGCCCGCGGCAGCCAAUGGGGAGGGGGCGGCGGCGCGCGCCGCCCCGAGCGGCGGGAAGGGGAGGAAGGGCAUGGCGGCGAGGCCCGUCGCGCCUCGCCUCGCCUCGUCUCGUCUCCGGGCCCCUUCGGGCACCGCUCCCGCCCCGGGCCGACCGGAUACGGCGGAGGGAGGGGGGCCGGGAGAGAUUCGUACCCCCGGGGCACCCCUUCGUGGAGCCAGCGGGGUUCACCUCCCUCAACGGCGCCUUCUUUUCCCCCCUCGGCACCUCAAGAGCCGCUGCGUCCCCGCUCUCCCCAGGAGGGCCUGGUCAGUCAUGCCACUGCCUUAAAAAAGCAUUGCGCCCCGCAAGGAUAUCCAGGACACCCACCCAGCCUACCCGCCUCGCCGGUGGGAAGGCGGUCGCCCACCCUCUCACCCCAGUGGCGCCUGUGGCUGCGUCCAGGGCGACAUCUUGA